AUGGAUUUCCUUCGCCUUCCCUAUAUCUUCCAUCACAAACUGGCGGGAUACAUCGACGGAAUGGACGUCUACACCCGUUUCCGCUUCUCUCGAUCCUGCAGCGAAGACGGACAGCGACUCGUGGCCAGUUGCAACCUUCGCCCUGCAGUCAGAAACCGCUACCUCCCCAAGGAGUACUGUCUUUCUGUGAAGCCAGAGGAGCCAACCUCGGCC